UGUUAACAUCCGGUUCUGAAGGCGAUCUCAGGAGGAAAAAUGGCUGAAGCAGAUGUUCUGUUUGAAUCAGAUGGCGUGUCGAGUGGAGAUGAGAAUCAUUUGAUUACAGUGACGAAUGCAAAAGGAAAUAAGAGAAGUGGCGGCAAUAUACCAAUAGGUGUAGUUUGCCGUAACUUUAAAGAAGAAGAAGAACUUCCGGUUCUCCUUGCUUGAUUUCUUCACUAAAAAGCCGGAGUGUGGUCUUAGGAAAGAGUUAAGCCAACUAUCUAGCUAACGUUACGGUACACGUGAAGACUACCUAAUAUGGGUCGCCGCAAGUCCAGAGAAAGCCCCCCAAAGAAGAAGCUUACUGGAAAUUUGGACACUCAAUUCACCUGUCCGUUCUGCAAUCACGAAAAGUCAUGUGAUGUGAAAAUGGAAAGGACCAGAAAUACUGGGAUAAUAUCAUGCACAGUUUGCCUGGAGGAGUUCCAAACCCCCAUUACCUAUCUGUCAGAGCCUGUGGAUGUGUACAGUGAUUGGAUAGGACAACAAGCAGCCAAUCAGUAG